AAAAAAAAAGGGAUUGGAAUUGGAACUUGUUCACAUCUUCCCUCCCCGUCUUCGCGACAACUUCCUGGCGCAUCAUUACCUGGCGCAGCAUCGCAGCAUCAGGCCAACCUCUUCUUCGUUCAUUCACCAUGGGUUGGGCUGAGAAGAUCAACAGGAAGGUGGCGACCACCUUCCUCGGAAGAUGGUUCAAGCUCGAGGGUUCCGGUCAUCCGAGAGAGCGCAAGGGCUCGUACUUCCUGACCGAGAUCCGCGCCGGCAUCAUCACCUUCUUCGCCAUGGCCUACAUCAUCUCCGUCAACGCUUCCAUCAUCGCCGAGUCCGGCGGCCCUUGUGUCUGUAGCAAUGGGCCCAACAGCGACGAUCCCUACUGCCAGGUCAACGACGACUACCUCGUGUGUAAGAACGAGGUCAGGCGCGAUCUCGUCACCGCUACGGCUGCCAUCUCGGCCCUGACUUCCUUCUUUCUCGGUCUCGCCGCCAAUAUGCCUGUUGCGGCGAGUUGUGGCAUGGGUCUGAACGCAUAUCUUGCUUAUGAUGUUGUUGGGCCUCACGGUUCCGGUCGUGUCCCCUACGAAGUCGCCAUGACCGCCAUCUUUAUCGAGGGCUUCAUAUUCCUCGCCUUGACCCUCUUGGGCAUGCGACAGUGGCUUGCUCGUGCCAUCCCCCGCCCUAUCAAGGUCGCCACCGGCGUCGGUAUCGGCCUCUUCCUCACCAUCAUCGGUCUGACCUACAGCCAGGGCAUCGGCCUCAUCAGCAGCGGCACCGGCACCCCCGUCACCCUCGCCGGAUGUGCUCCUGAAUUUAUCCUCCCUGAUGGCACCUGUCCGGGCGCCCAGAGGAUGCGCAGUCCCACCAUGUGGGUUGGCAUCUUCUGCGGCGGCAUCCUCACCGUCAUGCUCAUGCUGUACCGCGUCAAGGCCGCCAUCCUCAUCGGCAUCAUCCUCGUCAGCAUCAUCUCCUGGCCUCGUGGCACUCCCGUCACCAACUUCCCCUACACUCCGCAGGGCGACAGCAACUUCGAGUUCUUCAGACAGGUCGUCGCCUUCCACCCCAUCAGCCGCACCCUCGUCGUGCAGCAAUGGGACGUCUCCGAAUACGGCUCUCAGUUCGCCCUCGCUCUCAUCACCUUCCUCUACGUCGACAUUCUCGACUGCACCGGCACUCUGUACUCCAUGGCUCGCUUCGCCAGCCUCAUCGACGAACGCACCCAGGACUUCGAGGGCUCCGCCGUCGCCUACAUGGUCGAUGCCAUCGGCGUCUCCAUCAGCUCCCUCUUCGGCACCUCGCCCGUCACCGCCUUUGUGGAAUCCGGCGCCGGCAUCUCGGAGGGCGGAAAGACGGGCAUCACCGCCAUGGUGACCGGCAUCUGCUUCUUCAUCUCCAUCUUCUUCGCCCCCAUCUUCGCCUCCAUCCCUCCCUGGGCCACCGGCUCCGUCCUCGUCAUCGUCGGCUCCAUGAUGAUGAGGGCCGUCACCGAGAUCAACUGGGGCUACCUGGGCGACGCCAUCCCGGCCUUCCUGACCAUCGCCGUCAUGCCCUUCACCUACUCCAUCGCCGACGGCCUGAUCGCCGGCAUCUGCAGCUACAUCCUCAUCAACACCCUCGUCUUCCUCAUCUCCAAGCUCAGCCGCGGCCGCGUCGUUCCCUACAACCACGCCGACAAGGAUCCCUGGACAUGGCGCGUCCCCGGCGGUCUGCUGCCCGGCUGGGUCACCCGCCUCGCCCGGGGCAAGAAGGACUUUUGGCGCCCUUACGAGCAGGAGCGCGAGGAUGUUGUCCAGGAGACUGUCGCCCAGGAGCCCGCCGACGGUCAUGUCAAGUAUGAUCGUACCGCAAGCUCCGACCUGAACGAAUCUCCCGACCCUUCUCGGGAGAAGGACCUUGGUGAGACGGCAACCUCGCCUCAUCGUACGAAAUCCAACUGAGGGAUGACCAUGGUUAGGCAUGGUCAUGGGUCGUAAGGGUCAUGGGCAUGGGUCGUAAGGCCUGUCCUCCCGGCUCGGGUUGUUCCCGUUAUUUGUGCUCCCUUGUUUUAGGGGGGUUGUUAUUGUUGUUGCUAUUUGACCUUGCGUAUCCGUCUUCGGCUUGGAAGGCCUCCUACCCUCCAUGGUUUCUCUUUUGAAUGAGUGAUGCGUUUACCACCAUAUAGAUGUGCCAGGGCGUCGAGAGAAGACACGCUGUUAAUAUACCCCCCCACCCUG